UCCGGGCCAAAUCCCUUCCUCGGCCUCGUCGGGGGGUGGCCUGCCCGACUCCACGCCCGCGGCCGCGGUCGCCGGACCGGAAUCUAUUCACCCCCCCCCCCCCCGCCGCUCUCCCUCCUCCUCCGGUGCUGCUGCCGGACCGCUGGUUCGGAUCGCGCCGCGCCGGCACCGGCGCCUCCACCCGUCGCGGAGAGCGCCGGGGGCGCGGUUUUAGAGAGAGGGGGGGGGGCACCAAGGUGAAGGAUCCUGAUCUGAGGGGAUAUCCGUAACUUCUUGCUAGGACAAAAUAGAAUGGCAUGAUUGGAUUGUGGCUGAGAGAAGCAGUUUAGAAAAUGGAUGACCAUGAAUGUAGUGCCAGCCAUGUUCAUGGCAGUGGCCCUGUUCAAGAAUCAAAUGGCUGCAUGGCAAACCGGAGGACAGAUGAGCAUGGACAGAUCGAUUUCGGGCAUUCACUGCAGUUGGUGCUGUUCUCUCGGCAGUGGGACCUUGCUGAAAGCCUUGUUGCUCUAGCAGACCACCAGUUAAUGCUGGAUUAUGGUUUGUCUGUUGCUCUCGAUGCCAUUUGGUUCUUGCGGACGGAGCAGGACCUUAAAGGUCUCAACCAUCUGAUUGGUAAGAUUGUGGAAUCAGGGGCAAAGGAUUUUGCUAGGGCAAUCCUCAGGACGUCACUGCUCGCAUCUUGUGUCGUCGCAUGCCAAAGCAAGGCGCUCACUUUAGGUGAUAGCAAGGAAAUCAUAGCUCAGAGAUUACAUGACCGUCUACAAGAUUGUCCUGGUGGUGACCGUUUACAAAUUGAGGCUGGUGCCAAAGUGCAGAAGUUUAUAGAAUGGGCAUUGCAGUGCAUUCAUCUGCAUCGUUGUUCUGAAGAUACAGAGUGUUACAGAGCAAACUGCAGCACUCACCAAGAGGUACAGUUCCAUCUAUCAGCGUUUAAAACCUUCUUGGACAUAGCUGGUGACAAUCUCAGUGGCAAGAUUUUUACUGAGGCAUUCGAUGCGGCCUGCUUCCCGCUUACACUGUUUUCAACUUUAUUUGAACCUGGCUGGUCUUCUGGGAGUUCAGCAGUUGCCAUAAAGGGACUUUUGUCGUUGCUUGUGGAAGGAGGUGCUGAGAAUGUAAAUCAGUGUUUCCUAGAAGCGUCACGUUUUGGAAGUACUGAACUUGUACGCAUUCUGCUGAAGAUUGCUCAUCAAAACAGCUUGGCUGUGGAUGUUGAUCUUGCUCUAGUCUAUGCUUCUCACUACUGCAAAUUUGAAACAAUGGAAUGCUUAGUUGAUGAAGGGCAUGCGACAUCUUUCCUUUGUCCCCUUGUAAAAGCUUCUGAGCGUGGUUGCUUGCAAGUUGCCCAAUGGUUUGUCAACCGAGGCGUUCCAGACAUUGAGAUGUGCCUUGCUGUAACAACUGCUGCAUCUUGUGGCCACUUUGCAGUCGCCUCCUACUUGCUUGCGCAUAUCCCCCGGCAUGUUCUCGAAGCCCUUAGCACACAGAUUCUCAAAGCUGCAAGGGGACAGGGCAGGGGAUCUUUUGAAGGUGUUGCCUUCCUUCUCCGUUCAAACUUUCUGAAUGAUGCUGCUUCUACGUAUGCAGCUGCAGACAGCAUCGCGACCACGAGUGACAUGGAUGUUCCCCAAGACCUGGUUGCAUUUCUGAAAGAGCAGUGGUCUCAGGCCGCGUUUGCGGAAGGAGUAGAGGCUGGGGAAGACCAUUUUGUGAAUAUCACUAGGGUUCUGAGAAGAGGGGCGUCUCCAAUCCUCCUGCAUGACCUCCCAGAGCCCAUUACGCUUGCUAUCACGUACCUGCCACUGUACCGGGCAUGUGCGGCUGCAAGCGGGCAGUUGCUGCCACAGAGACUGAGGGGAGAGCUGGUCGAGGCAGUUGGUCGACUCGGUAUUCCAUUUCCAGCCAACAUGGAGAACAAUGGGAAAGAUCUCCUGGCAGUUUUGGAGCAUUACCUCCCAUCAUUCGUAAUUUGAGCUUGAGAGCCUUUUGGAACUACCAAGAACCCAAGUUGACACAGAAGAAUGGAGCCAAAUGAGCUUUCACUGUGUCACUUCUGUGUCAGAUAGAGGGAGGGGGAGAUAGAAGAGAGUUUGAUCUCCAGUGUGUACAGAGCUUUCUGUAGCUGUGAUGAGAACUGAGAAGCCAUAGAAUGCUUGGAAUCAAAUAAUUGUCUUGGAUCUUGAUAGCGUUGUCACCAUAACUGCACCAUACAAUAUGAUAUGUUUGCAGUUGCAUAUGAAAGUAGUGUCAUUUCGCAACUGUAUGGCACACCCUUUUUUUUCUUGCUGUAAUGCACGGGCAUGCGCAACAUAUCGCAUUCACCUGAAGGAAUUGUUGCCUGACACACUUAUUAGAGGGAGAAGUACGGUCAUGCUCUCUGUUUUUCUUC